AUGAAACUGCCUGGUACUUUUUGUGAGAUUUCUGGUAUUCCUGAACAUAUUCAAAGCAUGGAAAAUAUAACGCCUUUACAACUUUUUUGCUUGUUUUGGACAGAGGAUUUGCUAGAAAUAAUCAGCUUUCAAACCAACUUAUACGCUGCUCAAACUGGUAAGAACUAUAAACCGACUACUCCUGAAGAGAUUGAUGUGUUUCUGGCUCUAAAUUUGGUUAUGGGUAUUAAAAAGCUAACAAGCUACAAAGAUUAUUGGGCAUCUUCACCUGAUCUACAUGAUAGCUAUAUCUCCACUUUUAUGCCUUUGAACAGAUUUGGAUGGCUUUUGAAUCAUAUUCAUUUGAACGAUAAUAGCUUGAUUCCUUCUAGACAGAGUCCCAACUUUGAUAAAUUGUAUAAAAUUCGUCCUUUGUUGAAUAUUAUUCAAAAAAAUUUCCGCGCUAAUUAUAAGCCUUCAGAAAAAGUUGCAGUAGACGAAAGUAUGAUAAAAUUUAAAGGACGGUCUUCUCUAAAGCAGUACAUGCCGAAAAAACCGAUCAAACGGGGCUAUAAAGUUUGGAUGAAGUGUGCUGAGUCUGGUUACUGUCUCGAUUUUCAAUUAUAUACAGGCAAACAAGAACACAAGAAAAAGAUUUGGGUACGACAAUAG